GAGAUUCCCUUCUUUUAACUCUUGCUCUUUUUGUGUCUUAUUUCUAGUGGUUUGUUUGCCAGUCACUACACAGAAACACACUACCUGGAAGACGGCAGCGCGGUCACCGGCUCUCACAACCUCACGACGAACUGCUAUUACCACGGAAUGGUGCAGGGACACAUCUAUUCUGACGUCAGCCUCAGUACCUGCUCAGGUCUCAGUGGCUUCAUCUCACUAGAAAACAGAUCCUACGUUUUGGAGCCGUCAACGGAUCCCCCCAGUGGAUCCCACAGGAUCUACCGGUCAGAACAGCUCCACUUCACACCUGGCUCGUGUGGCCAUGGCUUCAACAUAUCGCUGGUUCAUGGAGACACCCAGAACAGCCACAACCAAUCAGACAGCCCCUUCGGAGCCUUCAGCACCAGGCAGAGGAGACAUACCCAGAGCACCAUCAAGUAUGUGGAGCUGAUCAUCGUAGCUGACAACAGAGAGGUAAGCACCAUAGGGUGACCUGGGGUGACCUUUCACCUUCCGCUGUCACAUCAACCCCAGAGACACACAUCAGACUCCCAUUCCAGUUCUAUUAUCGUUAGGUAUUUGGCCAUCUGACGCAUAGGUGGGGCUCUCCUCCACUAC